AUGGCACCAAAGGCAGAGAAGAAGCCUACUGAGAAGACGCCGGCAGAAGAGAAAGUACCGGCUGAGAAGAAGCCAAAGGCCGACAAGAAACUGCCCAAAGAAGCCGGAUCUGCAGUUGCUGAUAAGAAGAUGAGCAUACAUGUGUUAGGGUUUCAGUCUUUUGAUGUGCAUAUAUGGGUUUCUGAUUCUUGGAAAUUGGUGACAGAUCUUCUCAGAUCUGUGGUGAUUGGUGACAGAUCUUCUCAGAUCUGUGUUUCUGGUGUUUUGUUUGUUCUUGUUGGACGAAACCCUAAGUUAGGGUUUGGUGACUUCUGGUAUUAUUCUCCGAUUUAA